AGGGAUAGUACUGCCAGUAGAAGUAGAAGGACGGUAGAGAGUGAUGGCCACAACUACAGCUAAUGUUCCCUUGGCCACCAAGGUCGAGAUCAGGCUCUCCUGUAAGCACCUCAAAAACAAGGAUGUAGGCUCCAAGUCCGAUCCUCUAGCUGUCGUCUUCCAGCAAGAUUCCAGGAAACAGUGGAUAGAGGUCGGUCGCACAGAACGAAUCAAGAACAACCUGAAUCCAGUCUUCACACAAGGCAUCACCUUCGACUACUGCUUUGAAGAGGUCCAAAAACUCAGGUUUUCUGUCUACGACAUCGACAAUUCCACCGCUGGUCUUAAUGAUGAUGACUUCCUUGGAGAAACAGAGCUUACACUUGGUCAGGUCGUGUCGGCCAAGAAGACUGAGAGAAACCUGCAGACGAAAAGUGGUAAACCAAUGGGCAAAGGAACAAUCCUAAUAGAUGCGGAGGAGGUAGCGGACAUCAACGAUGCACUUAUCCUGUCAUUCAGAGCUCACAACCUCGACAAAAAGGAUGUGAUGGGGAAGUCAGAUCCAUUCUUGGAAUUCUAUAAGGCUGGCCACAAUCCAGAUGAAUGGCAUAAAGUCCAUGUUACAGAGGUUAUCAAGAACACAUUAAAGCCUACAUGGAAGCCUUUCAAAAUAGAUCUCAAGAAGCUCUGUAAUGGGGAUUAUGACAAGAAGAUUAAGAUAGCUUGCUACGAUUACGACUUUGACGGGCGGCACGACAUGAUUGGCUCGUGUGCGACCACGGUACGGGAGAUGGUGCACACAAACAAGAAAGAGGUGGAAUGGGAGUGCAUUAAUCCCAAGAAGAAAGCAAAGAAGAAGAACUACCAGAACUCCGGCCUUAUCUUUCUUAGAUCUUGUGAGGUGAAGAGAGUGUACACAUUUUUAGAUUACAUCCUGGGUGGCUGCCAAAUCAACUUCACAGUGGGUAUCGACUUCACCGGGUCAAAUGGUGACCCCAACGAGGAGUCGUCUCUACAUUUCAUCAAUCUGGAAUCUCCUAACCAAUAUACGCAAGCCAUCGUGUCUGUCGGUGAAGUCAUACAAGACUAUGAUAGUGAUAAGUUGUUUCCAGCGCUAGGUUUUGGUGCCAAGAUUCCACCCAAUGGAACUGUUUCACAUGAAUUCCCUAUCAAUUUCCAGCCAAACAACCCUUUCUGUGCAGGCAUUCAUGGUAUCGUAGCAGCUUACCAGUCGUGUAUUCGGCAAGUAUCAUUGUGGGGUCCUACAAACGUUGCACCCAUCAUCAACCAUGUUGCCAAGUUUGCCCACGCAGCUCUUAAUGAGAAUAAGACAGCGUCGCAAUACUUCAUCCUCCUCCUCUUGACGGACGGUGUCAUCACGGACAUCUACGAGACCAGGGAUGCGGUCGUCAAGGCUUCCCAUCUUCCCAUGUCCAUCAUUAUCGUGGGCAUUGGCGAGGCAGACUUCACCGACAUGAGGAUGUUGGACGGCGAUGACGGCACCCUGAAGUCGCCGAGUGGUGAGCCCACGGCGAGAGACAUCGUCCAGUUUGUUCCCUUCAGAGACUUCAAGCAGGCUUCUCCUGCUCAGCUAGCCAGGUGUGUUUUGGCUGAGGUGCCCAAGCAAGUGUCAGAAUACUUUGAGAAGAAGGACCUCUCACCCCCUGUACUCCACCGAUUAUGAGCAUGGGUGUGUCCACCAACUACCCAUCAUGCACUGCAUCUAUCAAAGAUUUUAUUUACAUUGUUUAUACACCGCUGUCUUCAAUUGAAUUAUCAAAAGGAUCACUCUCUCUUCAAUAUCUGGAAGGUACAACCGUAAGCUCGGAUUUUGAAAUCUAAAUUCAAGCUUUUUAUGGUACCGUAAUCAGUUGUUCAAAACAUCACACACGUUGAUGCAAACUACAUGAAGAAUUAGCAGGAGCUCAAUAUUUUGUUUUAUGUGAUUAUUACACUUUGAAAAAAUAAUUAUUUGAAAAAUUAUUUCUGUUAUAUAUGCUGAAAAAGUAUCUACGCAUUUCAAGAUUUUCUGGCUUGUAAUUACCUAGAUAUGUUUAUUAAAGUAAGAUCUAAGAAUUUAUAGAAUAUAUGAUUUUGAGCAGUAGCAUGAUUUAGCCAAACAAUGUAAUAUAAUAGUUGAAAUACUUUGGUUUUAAUUUAAUAAUUUCUGCACUUUUUGCAAUGUGGAAGAGAGAAAGAGAGAAUGGAUUUAUGAUUGAACUAGACACGAUAUAUUAACUGGUAGAACAUGAAACUUUCAACUACAAUGUAUAUUUACUUUUAGAUUCAGGUUAGAAUUCAAUAUUCUUAAAUCUUUUUUUCAAUAAUUAGGUUUGAUGCAGAGUUCGAUUUCUUAUCUCUGUGCAGUUCUUUACUUUUAUGAUCUCAAAAUAUAUUUAGAUUUGAAAAAUAUACCGCCGUAGUUUAUAUAUAUAACAAGAGACAUUAAUACAUGUUUGAAUGUCUCUUGUUAUAUAUAUAUAUAUAACAAGAGACAUUCAAACAUAUAUUACUUUUUUUGAAAGGAGAACAUGCUAUUCAUAUUAAUCUUUCUUUUGUUUUUCACUCUGAUGGUCUGGUUCAUUUUAGAGAAACUUAUGUGCAUAUAUUUGCUUGGAAAUUUUUUAGAAUGUCAUGAACAUAUUGAUAUGAAUAUGUUCAUGACAUUCACAAAUGGAGUCUCCUAUUGCACAUAAAUUUAAGGUUAAAGCAAAUUAUAUCUAUAGACAGAUUCUGUUAGGAUCUUGUUUUCUUUAAUCUAGUUACUAGUGACAUCAUAAUUGAAAAUAGUUGUUAUUCUUAUAGGUAAAUUACAUAAUUAUUUACAUAAAGAUAGCCUUUGUUUUCAUAUUAUUUCCUUUGUGUUAUAUUUGGUACUUAGGAAAUUUUGACCAAAUGGUAUACAUCGUUUUAUUUGGUAAAGCAAUGUUAUAAUUUUUAAGGAUAUAUAAUCUUUAUAACAUUAUUUUGUAUUUGUUUGGUUUAUCUUGAGGAAUGGAGAUAGAAGUUGUUUUAGUGGGUUAAGCCUCGGUCACAAAUGCCAUUACGAACGAAUACGAACGCCGUACAAACAAUUUUCAGACAAUGGAAAUUUGGGAAGACAAUGGAAAAACGGAGAUUCGUAAGAAAUUAUCAUUCGUACGAACCUUUGUGACCUUAGCAUUACUUAGUUGAACAUGUACCAAACAUGCCUGUCAAUGAGUCAGCACUUUAUUCUUUGAACUUUCUUCUUAAGAUUUGGUCAUUAAAAAUGUUCAUGCAAGAGAACAUGUGACAAGCAGCAGAUUUUCUGUAUGGUGGUCAGUCGUGUAUCAGUUCAAUGAUAAGGUGCUCAUGAAAUUAUGUAUAAAACAUGCAAAUUUCAUUUCAAAUUUUGUUCUAAUGUAUAUUCAUAUAAGCAAAUAAGUAAAUGGCCUGUGAGGAACAGUGGAUGUUUCACCACAGUUGUGAUCAGUGCAAUAAAGUGUAUCAUAGUAAUAACAACAACAAAAUCACUGUAGACAUUAUAUUUGCAUGUGUUAGAAAAGAAUAUCGGUAGUCAGCUGUGUGUACAUUUCUGCAUUAAUUUUUCCCCCUCCUGUUUCUUACUGACAACCACAUAUAGGCAUGGCAGAGUAUUAUUAAUGAUUGAUGCAAACUAGUGUUAAUAAAUAGACUUUUCCUUGUAGCAGAGUCAGUCAUAAUUUUCUCUCUGUAUGUCAGUUUAGAAUGCUAAAGCAUCCUCUAGCUAUCUCUCAUUAUCAUUUCUUUAUAUUUUAUUUUGUGGGACGGGGUGUGUGUCUCUCUAGAAACCGCACCCAUAUGUGAACUGCAUCUAUUUUAAUGCUAAAUAUAUUACUCAUUGGGGAUAAAAUAUCGAAAAAUAAUUUGAUAGUGACAUUCGUUUGUCUCGCAAUGUAUGGUCAACAAGGGAUCAAAAGAUCAUGACGUUUCGUGCGCCGCUUUUGAUCCCUAGUUGACCAUAUAUCACGAGCCAAACGAAUGUCACUAGCGAUAUUAUUUUCGAUGCAUCUAUUUUGUUACAACAACUCCCCACCCACCCACCUUUUUGUACAAGCCAGAUGAUCUAGUUUGGUAUUGCAAGUGUGCAUAUGACCUUGUGAAGAUUAUUAUUCACCUCAAGUAUCCUUUAGUAAUUUGAAAUCAUCACCGAUGACAGAAAUGGCAUAAUCUUCCAGGAACAUGCUUGUACUUGCAUUUGAAAUUUUUUUUUAAAUGCAAUGUUUUAGACUUCUUCCAUUUUAAUAGCAGCACAGUCAAAUUUCAUCUUCUCUUUUACUAACAUUUCUUAUUUCUAAAAAGAGUAGUUGUCUUACAAAAUACAUAUCCUAGCAAGUCAUGUAUAAAAGUCUCUUUGAAGUGCCCUUUUGUAUCUUCUAUAGCUUUUGAUAUUUUGAUUGCUUUGAUAGUACCAUACUGUUAAAAGGAACAUUUUCAAAAUAAAAGUGUUACUUUGUAGAAAAAGAGUUCCCCAAAGUUUCCACUACCGCAUUUUUUGCAUUCUUUCUGUGUCAAACAUGUAGGGGAAAAGGGAAUAUGCAUGAGCAUAGGUUAUAAGCUGAAAUUUGAUUGUAAACUUCUAUGUUAUUAUUUUGAUGCAUUGUUCAAAAUGAAAGGGGAAAAACUCGACUACGAAACGUCAUUAAUAAGUUUGUUCAGACAUAUACUUCAUAAGUUAAGCAUGGAACAUUCCCACAUAUCUUCCAUUCUUGCAAAUUUCUGUCAGUGGUAGUUAGCAGUUCACAUGAAAUUUUCUUUUAAUUGUAUGAUUUCCUUCAAAUGUAUUUUUGGUACAGGUAAGAGGUCACAUGCUUGCAGUAGAGAUAAUACAGUACAUGUAGACUCAGACAAAAAUAUAUAUAUGUAGCAUUUUUUUGUUUCAAUAUUGUUUGUUACAAUACUAUUAUAUUUAAAAUCUUAUGUUACAAAAUAUUACAAAUUAUUUGAUCAAUAUAGCAUUAGAUUUAACUCCAUAUUGGAGAUUGAAGAAUUUGUAGGUAUGAAACUACCUGCCUAUAGUAUGGUAUUAACAUAUGAAUCAAUGAUCAAAUUUUUGCAGAAUUUUAACAUAAAAAGUAAUUUUGUAUAAAAUAUUUGUAAAUAACAGUGUGAUUUUAUUAUACUGUCAGUAGUGCAGCUUAUCAUGUGCGGGGCAGUUAUGCUGGAAGUAUGUUGUAGACAUGAGUAUUUAUCAAUUUGAUUGUGUUUAUAAAGCAAUAUGCUCUUUGAUAAUUAAAGUGAAUUAGUUAAGAGGUAAAUAUAUUGUUUGCUUGUGCUUUUUUAUGAUAUUGUAUGUAGAAUAUUCCAAUAAAUAAUGCUUAUACAUGUAUUAGAAAUCUUACAAAUUA